UUUCUUUCUCUCCCUCUUUCUCGAUCUAAUCGCAUCUUCUGCGUAAUCGAGAAGACUGGAGCUUUCCACGGAGUUAAUAAAUUUGUGACGUAGGACGGAAGAAAGCGAAACUGGAUCGUGCAGAUCGCGAUCGUGAUCGAGGCCGGUCGCCUAGUUCCGGCGGAGUAUCGACUUCAGGACACGAUAAGGGGACCAGGCGGCUACUGGAAGUGGAGAACGUAUGGUUGCGUAAGUUCAGGAAGAAGCUGGCACUGCGAGAUAAACGACGAAGAAAGAGACUUUCUUCGCGAAUGAGACCGGGGCUACACGAAAAGAAGUAGAAGUGAAGAACAAUAGAAGAAUCGUGAAGAGGAAGAAAAGACUUUCCGUAAUCGUAAGGGAGGCCAUCUAACGAAAGGGGAAAAGUAAUAGGAACAGAAAAGGAGAACAUAGUGCAGGGAUUAUCAGAGAUAAACAAAAAACGAUUUUAUUAAGGGAAAUUAAGAGAAAUUUUAAGGACUUGUCUUGAGGAAAGACAAGCACUUAGUGGGAACGACGAUGCCAUUGAUCAUCUGAUCGUUCCUUUCGCGACGAAAGCCGAUCGUAGAGCUUGAUUCGACCAAGGGCGACCUUGAACAAGAUGGUCACGAGGGCGCUGCUAUUACUCUCGCUGGUCCUCCUCGAUGCCUUUGACGCGCCUGGCAUCGAGAGAGCCCACGUCCGACACUUGGCGAUGGCCGGUAACGCCUGCAACGCCUGUAGGAUGCAUGAGGAGAUCCGCGCGCUUAGUUUGGAAGCGAUCAAGGAGCAGAUCCUGAAUAAGCUCGGAUUGAAACAGGCGCCGAAUAUGACGGGUCGAGCUCUGCCGAGGAUCCCACCGAUCUCGAAACUGAUGGACAUGUACGGGAUGCAGGCCGACCAGCCUUUAGAGCCCGGUAUCACACACCACGAGGAGGUCGACGAAUACGCCGCGAAGACGGAGAGUGUCUUUGCCUUAGCGCAGCCUCAUCAAAGGCUAAGGCACUCGAAGAGCAACUCUGAGGUGUUGUAUUUCAAGUUUUCCGAUAAGAUUGUCCAACAUCGUGUUACCAGGGCAGAGUUGUCUCUGUGGAUAUGGGGUGUGAAUCAGGAAACGGAGCUCGGUGAGCCAAUUGAUCAAGACGCCGGUCCGGUGACGAUCACGUUGCACAGGAUUCUUCGGAGAACGACAGAGACAGGCGAAAUUGUGCUGGGUCCUCCUUUGACCACGAAACACCCUCGACCGUUUGGACGGCGGGGUGGCUGGAUCACGAUCGAGCUCAGACGAAUGGUAGCGGAGUGGUUCAAGCAUCCGAGAGAUAAUCUGGGAGUCGCCUUGAAGAUCACUGGCAGCAGUCAUCGCAAGAACUCGAUCAGACUGGUUGAGACCAAUCCCGGUGCGGAGUACGCUCCAUAUCUCGAAGUGCAAAUGCAGGAACUCGAUUCACGAAGAGGUUCCAGGAUUAAGAGAAACGUGGGACUCAAUUGCGACGAGGCUAGCCAGGAGACCAGAUGUUGCCGGUACAAACUCACGGUAGACUUCGAGAAGUUUGGCUGGGAUUGGAUAAUCGCACCCAAAAAAUAUGAUGCCAAUUACUGCUCGGGUGACUGUCCAAUGGCUUUUCUUCCGGCUUAUCCGAACACACAUAUCGUCAGCUUGGCGGAACCGCCGAACAACACCGGACCAUGUUGCGCACCUAGGAAGCUGUCCGAAAUCACAAUGUUAUAUUUUGACAACGAAUAUCAGAUCGUGUUCUCGCGGUUGCCGGGCAUGGUCGUCGAGAAAUGCGGGUGUUCAUAGUCCACCUUCGUUUCUGACAGGACGAAAGCAACGUUGGCGACGCCGAGAGUUCCGCACAGGUACCGCGAUGCUCUCCCUUUGAUCAAUCUCGACGAUCAUCGUCAUUGUCCUCGUCAAUCGUCGUCGAUUGUCAUCGCCGUGUUCUCGGCGAUUCCUCAUCCGAUAGACUGAAAGUGCCUUGUUCGGAGAGUGAUUGCGUGAUGCGGAUCUCUUUGGAGCGCAGAGGGAGGAAUACGAAGUGCGCGGAUAGGCGGUGUUUGGUGAUUCGCGAGAGUUCCCUCAAAGACUGUGCUGGAUGCCAAGGGAAGUCCAAAGAGGGACUCGCGCCGUGUCAGCGGGAGGCACCUCGACGGUGGUCCAUGGUUCAUGGCAAGGCGGAUAGUUCCUAGAGAGAGAGAGAGAGAGAGAGAGAGAGAGAGAGUCACGGUAUUAUUUUUAAGACGCCGAUACGUUUGCACUUGAUCCUAAUUACGCCUCUAAUCGGAAUUCCCCAAAUGCGAAUUUCUUAUUCCUCUAAAUCAAGAAAGAUAGUGGAAUGGGACAUUUAGAACGUUUGUACUUAUUGCGCAAGCGUUAUUCUCAGAACUCCAGCGUGGUUUUACCAACAAACAGCGCAAAACUUUGUUGAAACUUUCAUUAUUACGCCGCGGCUGAUCGCGAGACCAGAUAGAUACGAAGGGAUGCAAUGUGGGCGGUUUGCGUGCCUGAUUGUGUUCACGAAAUGUAUAAUUCUUGUCUCUCCUAUAUUUCUUUACUUUGAACCAAACGCGUCAUUAAAACAGAGGACAUCGAUCGGUGGAAACGUGUUGGACAACAGAUCUCGGUGUACAGUAAAAUCGUUGUUUUUUUCUAAUAGUUUUUUUUCUCUCUCCCCCCUCGUCUUUCUACAAUAUAUUAUAUAUAGAAACGUUUCUGUCACUAUGAUCGUUUUUUUUUUUAGCGAAUUGUGAGAGUGCGUGUGCGAGAGAGCGUAUCGAAUUAUGUAAAUAAGUCGUAACAGGCAAGAAUGUGGUGUUGCUUCGCUGACACUCCUACGUCCUGGGAGAAUCAACGAGGAUAUUACUCGUAUAUUGACGGAGAACCUCAACCUUCCUAGUUUUUCUAACGCGAGUAGUUGUAAUUACACGGCGCCAAUAUCCGGCUAAUUGCACUCGGAAUUUUUUAAUAACGCGGCAAUUGGCAAUUUCAUAUCCACGUUUCCGUCAUUCAUCAUGGUCGCAGAACGAGUGUCGAGCGUUUAUUUCUAGAUAAAUAAUAAACAUUAAUCGCGCGAACGAAUGCGCGACGCGCGUCUGAUUUUCGUAGCUUUCUUCGUAACUUACGGUAUUAAUAGCUGCAUUUUAGCGCGUCGGGUGAAGCACUCGUCAAGAAGGGACGACGACUUUUUUUUGGAAUGUGUCCCUUCCUAUUCCACGCAUUGUACAAUCUAAAAAAAAAAAAGAUUGUCAAGCGUUUUUAGACAAAAUUAUUCUAGGGGUAUAUAUCUCGACAAGCGCUCUUAUUAGUUUUUAUAGAUUCAUUAGGAUCCGUCCCUGAUCCUCGGGCAUAAUCCCUACUAAUUACUACGGUGAUAGAGAGGAUCAGUGCCGCAAUUAUGUAUAGACAUAUCCCCGAACGCUUGAACAAUUCCAGUUAUGUGUGUAGCGAUUGAAACCAAUAUAAUUUCGAUAAAUUCAGAUCUUCGCAAUUAAUUGAUGAAAGACAAACGUUUAAUAAGCAAAGCAUUUUUCUCUAAACCUAUGUAAUAUCGAGAAUUGAACUCGUCGAGAUUCUACCGGUUUCAAUCCCUCGUUGUAGCAAUCUUCAAAAUCCGGGAACAUACUUGAAACUUCUCAUGCUAUCAGAGCUUAACUCCACGUUUUCCCCUCAGCUUCGAGUCAAGUGCAUUGUAGCUACAUUUUGUAAAAUAGUAUACGAUAUAUACGAUGGACUUGCGCGCACCGUCCCUAAACUUCAUAUGAUUGUAAAGGAAAAAAGUCACACACGUACCCACAUAACAUAAAACACACACACACACACACACACACACACACAACAUAUACUUAGACAUGAAUUUAUAAAAAAAAACUGCGAUUUUUAUAAAGCGAUCAUUUAGAAUGUAAGAGAAAGCUCCUUGAAAAAUCGAUUUUUUUAUAAUUCCUCCCCUCCUCUGUCAAGCUGUCCUUGUCUUUCCAUUCUCCUCCGGUCAUUCUUUUUCUCCCUUGUAUCUAUUACAUUUUCCAUUCUCAGUUUGUUUGUCUCAAUGUAUCAAUAAUUAAAAAGAUAAUGGAUUUGCUUAUACCCCGCUCCCAAAAUAGCGAACGAGGACGGCAGAAAAAUGCAUACUUAUACGUAUAAUGUGUACUUCCUAGGUAGACACACAGCAUAGAUAGAAAAAUAUUUAUUCCAUGAAAUAAAUGGUUUUUCGAUG